UUUGCGGGGACUCCAGGUUCCGAGAUGCGCCUCGCAGCGCUUUGGAGGCGGCUGGGUGCCGUCGCUUCCUCUCUCCCGGCCAUUGUAAGCGGGACUGGAGGGCGGCAGGCGUUGUGGCGGCGGCGGCGGGGCAGGAGGAGGGAAUGAGCGAGGAGGAGGCGGAGGAGCCUUGCGGGAGCGCGAGGAACUGCGGCGGCUUCCCCAGGUGAACCACACUGCCUUGUCGGAGGCGUUGCUAAGAUACGAGGGGCCAGCCCCGCCCUCGGACUGCGUUGCUAGGUUGCCUCGCUUCGAAGAGCACCUCCGGAGUACGUUGCUAGGAGACCAGGAAGGCCCGGGUGGGCCAGACUCCGGGAGGGAUGCGAUGCCAGAGUAAGGCACGCUUGGGGAGCAAUCCUAAGCAGGUCUACUCGGAAUAUAGAGCAAAUGCUGACGUCCAACCCCGGCAAGACCCCUAUCAGCCUUCUGCAGGAGUAUGGGACGCGCAUAGGCAAAACGCCCGUCUACGACCUGCUCAAAGCCGAGGGACAAGCGCACCAGCCCAACUUCACCUUCCGAGUUACUGUCGGUGACAUCAGCUGCACUGGCCAAGGCCCUAGCAAAAAAGCAGCCAAACACAAGGCAGCAGAGGUGGCACUCAGGCUCCUGAAGGGAGGAAACAUGUUGGAGCCAGCAACCCCAGAGGAAGCCAGCUCUCCUUUCUCUCUAGAGCCCCUGGCUCAGACCGCCACCCCAGCCGCCACCACAUCUGUGCCUGUCUUGUCCGCCGUGUCUCCCAGAAGCACCCCGUUGGAGGUGAAGUCCCCAGUAUCACCGCAGCAGUCUGAAUGUAAUCCAGUUGGAGCUCUGCAGGAGCUGGUGGUGCAGAAAGGCUGGCGCCUCCCUGAAUAUACGGUCACCCAGGAAUCGGGACCAGCCCACCGCAAGGAGUUUACCAUGACCUGCCGCGUCGAGCGGUUCAUUGAAAUAGGCAGCGGCACUUCCAAAAAACUGGCCAAGCGCAAUGCCGCAGCGAAGAUGCUGGUGCGGAUUCAUAACGUGCCCUUGGACCCCCGAGAAGGCGGCGAGGCUGAAGUGGAAGAGGACCAGUUCUCCAUCACCACAGGAAACAAGCUGGAUGGGGUGAAGGGUCGGGGCUCUGGCUGCACCUGGGACUCUCUGCGCAACUCAGCCGGGGAGAAGAUCCUGCACCUGAAAAGCCACCCACUGGGGGUGCUGAAUGCUGGAUUCUGCAGCCUCUUGCAAGAGCUUUCUGAAGAGCAGAGCUUUGAUAUCUGCUACCUCGAUAUUGACGAGAGGAGCUUGAGCGGUUUGUACCAGUGCCUGGUGGAGCUCUCCACACAGCCAACCACAGUGUGCCACGGCUCAGCUACCUCCCGCCAUGCCGCCCAGGCCGACGCCGCCCGCAACGCUCUGCAGUACCUCAAGAUCAUGGCGGGGGGGAAGUGACGUCACCAAACGCCACACGUGACUCUGGGCUCCCCCAGCCUCCCGAACAGCUGGGCUCUGUUCACCUGCCCAUUAGGCAGGCUGCUUCGUUUUCUUCUGACUUGGAAGGGGUGGGGUGGGCAGACCCACAGGGAUCGGGCUGCACCCAACCACUCCCCUGUAUUCUGUGGGGUGGAGAAGGGCAAUGGCUUCCAGAUGGAAUCAAGACUUGGGGUUUGCGGUACCCGCAAGCUCCAAAGGAGGUUGGUGGAGACUUGCUAGCCCUGAGCACUAAAGGGCUGGGAGUGGGCUGCCGUGGCCCCAUUAGAGGUUGCCCUUCUUUUUGUAGAAGGAGGAUGAAAGCUGGAUUGCAAAAACUGGAGCUUUGUAAGGAGGUGGGGGUUAUCUUUUUAGCUGUCGGACUUGAAAAGUGAUUGGUAUCGGUCGCAUUUUUUGCGGAACUGUGUACCUCUUGACUGUGUACCUCAUUCCAGGAGGGCUAAGGCCCAGCAGAAUCAAAUAUUUUCCCCUAGACGAGGCCACUUUGGGCCACUUGAGAGGAAUUGUGUGUUCGAAUGCUGCCCCCUCUUAAAAGGAAAAAAUAAAUAAGAGGCAUGACAAGG